UCUUGUGUCAUUGUCCUGCACGUUUUAUUGGCAAUGUAUGUGAGAAAGACUGUCAGGAUGCCCUGGGUAUGGAAAGCGGUGAUAUUUCUGAUGCACAACUCAGUGCCUCUACAGAACUGGUUCCAGAAAAAGGAGCAAAGCACAGCAGGCUACAAUCCAAGUGGAAUGGAGUAUCUGGGGGAGGCUGGAUAGCUAAAAUAUCUGACACCAACCAAUGGCUACAGAUCGAUCUACUGGAUCAGCAUUCUUAUGUUGUAACAAAGAUAGCUACACAGGGCAGAAAUCAUUAUCAUAAUCGCAUUGUGACCAAAUAUAAACUUCAGUACAGUGACGAUGGAGUUACCUUCCUCUAUUACAGAGAAGAAGGCCAAGUUACUGACAAGGUUUUUCCUGGAAACACAGACAGGGAUACUGUAGUGUCACAUGAACUAAUUCCACCAAUCAGAGCACGCUAUAUUCGUUUUCGACCGAUAGAGUGGUCUGGCUACAUAGGAAUGAGGGUGGAGCUCUACGGCUGUCGCGCUGAACGGAGACCGAGCCAAAAGAAAAAGCUAUCCUGUGACGCUAACCAGCUUGAAAUGGAAAUUUGGCCUGCCUGCCUUUGUCACAGCAUAAUUUCAUUGCUCAUGACCGCUGAAUUCAUCAUUCCAUUCACCACGGGUGCAUGCAGUGACGGCAAGUGUCCCGUUUCAUUCCAUUUCACUAUUGGAAGGAAUAUGGUAGAUGGGCACGCUCUGCUUGAUCACGUGUUUGCAACUGUCUCUGUGACCAGAGUGAUCGAUUGUUUCAGCGCAUGUCAAACCAACUGUCGUUGUAUUUCGUUCAACUUCCUGACACAUUCCAACCAAGAUAACUGUCAACUGAAUGAAGAAAACCGACAUCUGAAGCCUGGUGCUUUAAUUCCCAUGGAAGGCUCUCAGUACUACGAUCUGGAUAUCAUCUAUCAUACGGGGGCAUGUACCCAGUGUUUCAAAAGAUGCUGCAUGGCUCAGCCGUGUUUUAAUGGAGGAACAUGUCGAGAAAAUUGUCACGUGACUGGAAGACGAUUCUUGUGUAAUUGUCCUGCACGUUUUAUUGGCAAUGUAUGUGAGAAAGACUGUCAGGAUGCCCUGGGUAUGGAAAGCGGUGAUAUUUCUGAUGCACAACUCAGUGCCUCUACAGAACUGGCUCCAGAAAAAGGAGCAAAGCACAGCAGGCUACAAUCCAAGUGGAAUGGAGUAUCUGGGGGAGGCUGGAUAGCUAAAAUAUCUGACACCAACCAAUGGCUACAGAUCGAUCUACUGGAUCAGCAUUCUUAUGUUGUAACAAAGAUAGCUACACAGGGCAGAAAUCAUUAUCAUAAUCGCAUUGUGACCAAAUAUAAACUUCAGUACAGUGACGAUGGAGUUACCUUCCUCUAUUACAGAGAAGAAGGCCAAGUUACUGACAAGGUUUUUCCUGGAAACACAGACAGGGAUACUGUAGUGUCACAUGAACUAAUUCCACCAAUCAGAGCACGCUAUAUUCGUUUUCGACCAAUAGAGUGGUCUGGCCUCAUAGGAAUGAGGGUGGAGCUCUACGGCUGUCGCGAUAACUGAACGGAAAGUGGAUUACCAAAGGCACGUGUAUCAAGACUGAAUGUGGUCUUAAAUGGCUUCCUAGAGUGUUGGAAAAGUUCAGCAACUGACUAAGAAGACUGCAUACCUUUCGGCAUGAAACAAAAAAAAU